GACAAGAAGAACUAUGUUCAAGUUUAAAACCUGAUUUCUUAUCUUUUGUACGAAAUAGUUUAGGAAUGGAAUUAAAUCGUUUCAAAAAUUCAUUUUCAAAGAUGUCGCAUGAUCAAUUCAAACCAUUAAAGAUUCCACUUUCGAAUACAAAAUCAAUUAUCAUAAUCACAUCAUCUGCUGACCUUGACUCUGCUUCUGAUUUUAUUGCGGAUUUUUUUGAGUCAGAUGAUUUAAAUCAGAUUCGAAGUAUACUGGUUCAAGCUUCAAUUGAAGAAAAGUUUAUAGAGCUUCUUAGAGCUAAACUUCGUUAUGUUAAUAAGAAUGCAUUGAUAAGUACAACAAUUCAGGAAAUGGAAGAACAAAUAGAGAAACUUAAACAAAAAGGAUUUCCUAUUAUCAAAAAUAACGAUAUAGACGAAACUGGAUCCAAAGCUACUGUCAUAAAAUGCCCUCGAAGCUUGAUCACAUCGAAUAAUUUACCUUUGAUUACAUUAGAAGUUUUCAGGACAACUAAGGAAGCAAUUUCAUUUGCCAAAGGCUCUCUGUCAGUCGGUAUUUGGUGUGAAAACAUCUCUAUUGCAUAUGAAUUUAUAAAUUCCUUAAAUGAAGCAUUUCAAAUUUGGUUCAACUCUUCUCACGGCAAGAUUCAUCCAAAAAUUCCUUUUUACAACGGAGAAGUUAUUUGUGAAGAUCCAGACAUUCGUAAUAAAUCCAUGUCAGCAUCUGCUGGUUCAAUUGUUGAGAUUUUUGAUAAUGUACAAUUUAUUACAAAAUUUCGUUCUUCUUCUUUCCAAACUGUUGUCAUUCCAUUUGGUGAAUCGUUCGCAAAUUAAUUUUUAACUUCUUCAUUAAUCGCAUCAUACUUUUGUUUAUUGUUACAAAUUCGAAUAAACUUUAAGAUGCUAAAAA